CAGCCACAACUACAGCCACAACAACAGCUACUACAGUCACAGCUACAGCCACAACCACCGCCACCACCUCAGCCACCACAUCAACAACAACCUCCUCUUCGUACCCAACAACAACAACAACCAAGAUUUGUUGUUUUAAAUCUUCUAUGGAUUGACAAACUCGUGCGAAAGAAGAUCCACAACAGACAAAACAACAACAACCGCCACCACCACCACCACCACCACCCUAACCCCUUCGCCACGAUGCCCGGGCUACUGCCCCACCCUGGCGGGACCGCCACCGCCACGCCGCCGCCGCCCCCACCGCUGUCCCACCGCUCCUCCUGCCCGCGCACGAGGAGGUUGCGGAUCCCGCGGCGGUCCGAGAGGAGCGCCGCCUCUGCCGUGCUGGGGGCGCUGAGCGUGGUGACGCUCAGCACGGCGCUCGCUGAGCCCGCCUGGCUGCGGCUCCACGGAGGAGCCUGCCCCAGGGCCUCGCUGGGGCUCACGGACGCGCUGGGACACGUGGACAGUGCGCUCUCCGCGUGUCUGAGUCCUCAGAUCUCCCUGCUGCUGAGGGUGGUCGCCGCCUUCCUGCUGCUGGGCGUCGCCUGCAGUCUGGGCGCGUUCCUCCUGGACGUGCUGGGAUCGACGCAGCCGGCGCUCCGACUCACGCGCAGAUACGCCUUCCUGCACAUCCUCACCGUGCUUCACUGUGCCACUGCUGUGGGCUUCUCCUACUGGGCCUCCGAGUUGCUCUUUGACCUCCAGCUCAGCCACAAACUCCACCACGGGAGCCAGGUGUGGGUGAGGUUCGACAUUAGCUUCUACCUCCUGGCCGGCGCCGGCGCCGCGUCGAUCGUGGCCACGGCCGUCAACCUCCUCCGUUCGUACCCCAGCCCCGAGGAGGAGCAGGCGCUGCAGCUGCUGCAGCACAUGGAGGAAGCACAGCCCACGGACUUCGUGACGGGGCCGGCGGGAGACGGAGUGGCCGGGCUCACGGUGACCAGGCCACCGCCACCCGCCUACAGCCCCUAGUGGAGAGACGCACGGAGAGAGACGCACGGAGAGAGAGACGCACGGAGAGAGACGCACGGAGAGAGACACAGAGACACACGGAGAGAGACACAGAGAGACACACGGAGAGAGACACAGAGACGCAC